UUUGCUGUUUAGCUUUUAUACCAUUUGAGCUAUAGUUUAUUGGUUUAUGGUGUUUAAUUGAAUUCCCAAUCCGGCGUGUCGUAAAGAUCGUGUGGAUUUAAUUAUGUUUGUCUCAAUCGAUUCGCAUCAUUGCGUAUAUACGUUAAGGGAGGAGCUUGUUAAUAUCGACUUAUCACUAAUUUUCGAAUCAUCAUCAGACUCUGAAUUGCCUCUUGCCGACCAAGACGAGGAGGGCGACGACGAGAAGGAAAAAGAGCACUACGAACACUUUGAUGUUCAAGAAUUUCGUACUGUCAAUUUUGAGGGUCUUUCCAUACUCACCAGAUGGAUCAAGCAGGGUACUAUGAUUGCUGUUGAAAAGUACAAUAAUCUUGGCAAGUAUCCGAAGAUGAAUUUAGUUCAAAUUCGGAGGGCGACUCAUUGGAGAACUCUGUAUUACGUAACCUUUCUUGCUAGAGAAGAGUGUUCUCGGAUCAUCCACACUUAUCGAACACUGGUCUUCCAUAUCGCUCUUAACGACCGACCAGCCACUACUCAAGUUUUCUAUAUUAGAUCAGCACCACCAAGAAAACAUGGUGAGGAGGAGAGUGACGAUGGUGAGGAGGAGAGUGACGACGAUGAGGAGGAGAGUGACGAUGAUGAGGAGGAGGGCAAAAUUAAUAUCGACAGAAGCAGUAUCGUGAUGGAAGGAGGAGUAGCAUCGGCGGCAGCGUGAAGGCAUAAACCAGUGUUUUAAAAACCGAACCGGUGAGGCCACCGGUCCCCGGUUCAACCGGUUCAAUGACCGGUUUGAUAAAUUUAAAAAAAUUAUAAUUCACCGGUUUUUUACCGGUUCGACCUCCGGUUCACCGUUCAACACCCGGGUUUUUACCGGUUCAAUCAAAAAAUCGGUUUUUGUGGUUUUAGAUCGGACCAUUGGCCGGUUCCCGGUUCGACUGGCCGGUACGAUCCGAUUUUUAAAACACUGGCAUAAACAACAUCGGUGAGGCUCCGAUAAAAACAGUAGUGAUGUUUUUUUUUCUUUUUUUAGAUUGAAAAUUAUUGUGUAAAUAAAUUUAUGACGUGUUAGUUUAUUAUUGGUGAUUAGAUUAUUUUUUAUUUUA